UGAUAGAAGACUUGAGAUCCUCAUCAGCCAUAUAGGGUUAGGGAAUAAACAUUACUUGCGAUACUAAAGCUAUAAACAUUACUUGUUUGUCUAAAUAUAAAUUUUACAAAAAGCUAGUGCCGGAUUAUUGUUGCUAAUUUUGAUCCUCGUCUUACACAAGCAGUAAUCUGUUGAAUUCAUGAUUCAUAUAGGUUGAACAAAGGAAAAAAGCAGCACUGCCGGAGCAUGUCAAGAGGGACCUUCAUCGUUGGAAAGUUCAUUGCAAGAUGUUGCAUCACGAUCGAUAUAGUUUCAUGGAUCUCUGGCCCUGCUCUUCAAAGGACUGGGAUCAUUUAGCCCGGCAAGAGGCAUCGAUCACACCUCGAUCAAUGAUGGGAAACUGGCAUCGAGAAUUCCACUUGUGUGGAAAUACGGUGACUCAAUCAGCCAUUAUAUAAAGAGGACACUUGAUCUUCAUUUCUGCACACAUGCAUGUAGCUGAAAAAACCUAAUUGAUAAAGCCAUGGCUUCAUUUCUUCCACUUGCACCCGCCACUACGCUUAUUAACCGCCCUUCUUCCAUUCGUUCUAAUACUUCAACUUCCCUUAGUUGUUUCCCUAGACCUUUGUUCUCAAUACAUCGUUCAUUUGAAAAAGGUAAGCAUGGAUCUCCAUGCAAAGCAAGAAAGAGCGAUGAUGAACAGGGUAUUAACCAAGACGAUGGAAAACUGGACAGGAGAAACAUGCUGAUUGGUCUUGGAGCUGGAGGUCUGUACGGGGCAACCAGUCUUGGCCUUGGGACCAACCCAUUCGCCACCGCUGUUCCGAUUCCCGCUCCUGACCUAAAAACUUGCGUCCGGACCACCGAAGAUAUGAAAGGACUUAAUUGUUGUCCACCGUCAACCGAAAUCAUCAAUUUCGAGCUACCCGAAGUCAAAACACUCCGCACCAGGCCAGCGGCACAUACAGUCGAUCAAAAGUAUAUAGAAAACUACAAAACGGCCAUCGAGCUGAUGAAGAACCUCCCCGAGGACGACCCACGUAACUUCUGGAACCAAGCUCAAGUCCACUGUGCCUACUGUGAGGGUGCAUAUUACUAUGCUAGCAAUGAUUGUGAUGGCACCAAGGAAGAAAUACAAGUUCACUCCUCGUGGCUCUUUUACCCCUUCCAUCGCUGGUACCUCUACUUUUAUGAGAGAAUCCUUGCCAAACUCAUUAAGGACCCAAAUUUUGCUCUGCCCUUCUGGAACUGGGACGGUAAAGACGGCAUGUACUUGCCUCCUAUUUUCGAGGAGGGCCGCAGUAGUUCCCCACUCUUCGACCACUACCGAAACGCCAAGCACCGGAAGAAGAAAUUUGUGUUGGACCUCAACUACAAUUGCACCGACUCCGGCAAAACAGAUGAAGAAAUUAAAGAGGAUAACCUCUGUACUAUGCACCGGCAGAUGUACUCUGCUUCUACUGGUAAGGAUUUGCGUCUUUUCUUUGGCCACCCUUACAGGAAAGGCGACAAACCUAGCCCCGGUGCAGGAAACAUUGAGCGUAUUCCCCACAACAAUGUCCACAUCUGGACUGGCGACCCCGAUUGGGUUAGAGAGGACAUGGGAAACCUUUACUCUGCUGCUAGAGAUCCCAUCUUUUUCGCGCACCAUGCCAACGUAGACCGCAUGUGGUACUUGUGGAAAAAAGAAUUACACUGCAAGGACAUCUCCCAAGAUGACUGGCUGAAAGCCGAGUUUCUAUUCUACAACGAGAACAAGCAACUCGUCCGAGUUAACGUCGAACAAUCUCUCGACACGGACAAGCUCGGGUACAAGUACGAUGAUGAUGUUGAUAUCGAGUGGAUGAGCAAUAAGUACAAGCCAAAAGCUCGUAAGUCAUUAAACAAGGCAAAGCCAAACGUCUCUAGGUUCCCGGUGAAAUUGGACUCCAAGGCAAGUGUUAAAGUGCAGAGAGCAUCUUUGAAGCGGCCCGCGAACGAGAAGGCAGAACGAGCAGAGGUGUUGUUGAUCGAAGGGAUUGAGUUCCCUGGUAACCAGGCUGUGAAGUUUGAUGUGUAUGUCAAUGACGAUGCAGACACGGAGAGCGGGCCUUGCAACUCUGAGUUUGCUGGCAGCUUUGUUCACGUCCCACACAGGCACAGCCACACUAUUAAGACCAAUAUGACAUUAGGGAUUACGGAUCUGUUGCAGGACUUGGAAGCUGAAGAUGACAGCCACGUGGUUGUGACUUUGGUGCCAAGGUAUGGGAAGGGGCCUAUCACCAUUGGUGAUGUCAAGAUUGAGCUCUGAUUCUUUUCUCGGCCUUCUCGAUCCACUGGAUCUGUUUCCAUGCAUGCUUUCUACGUAUCCUAGCUACCCCUUUCUUGCUGCCAGUGCUAAUAAAUUGCAUGCAUGCUUUGAUCAGAGCACUGCGAUGUUUCUGCUGCCUUUCAUUUCCAUCCUUCAUUACUUUCACUUCUUGUUUGUGUCAAGUUCUUGUGUAUGUGUAAUGCAUGCGUCGAUCAAGACCACGUACGCAUGUACCACAGUGCAUGCUUCCGUGGGAGAUCAUUUAUGUUGGUUGUUGCUAAAUAAACCUUAUGUUCAGUGUGUUUAAGUUGCUUUAAUUUGCUUUUUGUUCUCUCUCUCUUUUUCCUAAAGGCGAUUCAUAU